CAAAAAUAAGGGUAAAUUACAAUAACCCCUCCGAGGUAAGAUCUAUUUACAAAACCCCCUUAAUUUUUACAUAAUUACACCCACCCCUGCUAUUUUAAAUUUCUUACAUUAACGCCCUUGUUGUGGAUGUAAGAAAUUCAAUUUGCUACAGUUUGUGAGACACCAUAACUACAAUGAACAGCCUCUUACAUUCCGCCCCUCCAGCAUUUCCAAUUACCCACAUCAGAGCCUCAACUUCGCCGCCGGCGCACGAUAGCCUCGCCGCCGCGUCCGCCGGCAAACCCCCGAGAACACCCUCCCGCAAAUUAUCCGCCAGCACAACCUCCAAAAGGAAACCCAAAGUCCAAGAAGAUGAUUACCGUUCUACCCUCGAAGCCCUCAAUUCCAAAGGCCGGUUUCCCAGAAAAUCCCUCGGCCAGCACUAUAUGUUGGAUGGUUCAGUAAAUGAUGAGCUGGUUGCGGCGGCAAACGUGAAAGAAGGCGAUACGGUGCUCGAAAUCGGACCGGGCACCGGUUCUUUGACUAAUGUAAUAGUCAACGCCGGUGCUACUGUUCUUGCUAUUGAAAAGGACCCGUAUAUGGCAGCACUAGUGAGAGAACGCUUUGCCGGAUUAGGAUGCGUGGAGGUUCUGGAAAAGGAUUUUACAAGAUUCGAUUUAUGCGCACAUAUGUCGUCGAUAUUGCCUAAAGAAACCCCUACCGAUGGAAAUUCGUCCCUUGCAAAGGUGGUUGCGAACAUACCUUUCAACAUAAGUACUGAUGUGGUGAAACAACUUCUUCCAAUGGGAGACGUUUUCUCCGAAGUUGUUCUUUUACUUCAGGAUGAAGCGGCAUUGCGAUUGGUCGGUUCUUCUUUAGAUUCAUCGGAUUAUCGGCCCAUCAAUAUUUUUGUGAAUUUCUAUUCAGAUCCCGAAUACAAAAUUAAGGUUUCAAGAACAAGCUUCUUCCCCCAACCUAAAGUCGAUGCAGCUAUUGUUUCGUUCAAACUAAAGCAAACGGUUGAUUAUCCUCGUGUUUCCUCCAUUAAAAGCUUCUUCUCGAUGGUAAAUUCUGCAUUUAACGGGAAACGUAAAAUGUUGAGGAAAUCGCUACAGCAUAUAUGUUCUCCAUCGGAUAUUGAAUCAGCUCUAUGUGCUGCUGAUCUUCUUCCCACUUCGAGACCGGAAGAACUCACAUUAGAAGAUUUUGUAAGAUUGCACAACCUGUUAGUGAAGAUAUAGCUGAUAAAUCGGUAUCUUUUGUACUAUACCGAGCGAAGUACACUGAGUAUGUAGAUUCGAAUAGUACUAUUGCCUUAAACUUGUUCGUAAUUAUCGAGACACAUUCAUUCCGGGAUGUACAUGCAGUUUUGUUUACUUAUUACAUUCAUAAUCUUGAUGGUUCUGUAAAUUGGCGGAGUUCGAUUCGGGAACUUUCGAUUUUGGAAUAUAGGGUUUCAUUUUGAAUUUCGAAAAA